AUGAGUGUCAGUGAAGAUAUCGGCUGGUGUAUUGUCAUACGUAUCGAAGUCGUUAUCUCUUUGAAGUUAAUUCUCGGAUGUGCCACACCAAUAAGCCCUCCGUCUAUCAAAAAUUUGCUGGCCCUUCUGGCUCUAUCCCUCUCUCUUUCACACGGCGUUCCAGGGCAUCAUACGACUCGCCAAGCCUAUCAACCAAAUAUCCCCUCUGCUCCGCUCAUUAUACUUUCACAACCCGGAUCUGCAUGGAAGAUCCUCGCUUGGGAUGUGCAACUCCUGGCCCGCGCGAAUGAACGUGCCCAAAAUGGGUUUGAGCACGGGCUGAAAAUACGAGUCGCGAUUGUCAAGAGAGUUAAAAAAUCAGCCACAUCGUGUUUCAAUUGCGAUGCAGAGUCCCUUCCUUCAGAUCAGCUUGCUGAUUUUCAUGCAGCGAAGGUGGAUUCGAUCACGUUGAGUUCUAGAAUCAUAAACGGGCCUGGACUUUGGGCCGCCGACUUGUGGACAGUGGAAGAAGCCAACACGAAUACGCUGAGUAAAAUGCCACGCCCUCGAAUUCAGCGCCAUGGCCAAUGGGAUCGCUCCGCGCAGAAUUUUGACGCUUAUAAAGAUCACAGGAUUGUGGAGGGCAAAACUGGCGUGAUUUUUGGGCGGUUUUCUCCCUGCUCUCGGGAAGUAUUCGAGAUCUGUUUGACAUACAAGGAUCUUGAUCCGGGAAGUGUUACCGAACUUUUGUUCCCAAACCCAGGGUUACCUCAGAGGCGGACAACUCUAACUCUAGCUCUACCAAAGUCGUCUAUCGAUGUGACGACAUUCCGAAGUCACCGAAUUGGUUCUAGAAGACCUGGUCAGCGCCACUUUCACACAUCCAUUCCCAUAUCAAGCCAAAACUCAUAUCCAAUGUCCCUUCAUGACUGGGGCAGGGUCUUCUCGACAUAUCACGUUCGCUUUGCACACAUCCAUUCUGAGCGUGUAGUUGUCUCCCUGAACUUUUCGAUCGACGGCAGGGUUAGUGAGUUCAAUGUUUUAGCCCUCACGUUCCAUCUCAUUUUCUCAUGUGACCAUUGCUCCACGAAAAAGAACGGCAAUUGCUUCCAAAGAAUACAGUCGAACAAGGCCGCUGGGUUGACGGGAUUUCUGGGUGUUGACUUGGGCGCCUUAGGCUCUGUUUCGAUUCUGGAGUCGGUCCGAGUGUUGAAAGGGGAGAUCAACUCUAUCAUAUUUCCACAAUGUACGUUAUGUCCCGAUUCAGAAUUCCUAGUUGCGGGUUCUUCGACUUCGUUUGCUUUCUCCGUCUCACUUAACAAGAGCUUAUACCGUCUCAGUGGCCGAAGACCUACCAUCUACCAUCAAUCUAGCGUAGGAAUGUCUCAAUCCACCUGCCGAGUAAAGACCUUCAGAGUUCCUGCCAAUGUGGUCGAAACCCUCAUAGUUCAAGGUAUUUCGCGUAGUUCUGUGUAG